CACAAUAACCAAAAACGCAAAACUAGAAACAACUACAAACUAAACUAGGUAGUGCUAGUGGAUAGCGGUAGGUGCAGUGUGCAAUGCAAGUCGGAGCCAGGUAUGGUUCAUUUUCUAGAGGUAAUAAAUAGCGGUGUUUUGUUUUGAAAUUGAGUGAUCGUGUUUAUCCUUACGGGUUUCUUUAUUCUUUGGUGUCUUGGUAACCCACAAUCCGCGAUAAAUAAUAACAUUAAAAUAUUGACCCCAGUUCAGUGCUAAGGAAUUAAAAGCACCUAUUGGCAAAACAAGAAGUGAAAAAAUAGUGUACAUGAGUGCAGUUAGUUGUUACACAGCUGCUUUUUUCAUCUGACAGAAAAUCCAAAUGAACAGCUAUUAAAUGAAGCUAACCAUUCAAAGCUGUUGCUACUGAAACAUAAGGACAAGCAUGAAACUUUGAACAAAUAAAUAUGGACCAUCAUUACGAACAUGAAAAGGAAGGCCAUGAAAGAAGGAAUUCCAAUACCGAAUACGUCCCUACGAAAUGUCGCAUUACGAGACCUCCGCCCCCGAAGCCGGCGUCCAAUCCCUUGCAGUUUGUAAAAGUCGGCCCGUUGCCAUUGUUUAAAAAAGCACACGAACAAAUAAAGAAAGUGGAAGAGAUAAAAAAAGAGCGGACGAAGGAAAUACGAGAUGAAACGGAAGACUGGCAACAGAACUUAGACAAUUGGAAAAGUUGUCGACGAAAAAGGCAAGAACACAUAAUUGAACGAGUAGUUGAAGUGAAGAAACUGACUGAACAAGAAGAACUAGAAAAAAGCAGACGAAAAAGCAAAACUUUUAGUGAAAUGCUAGAGGAGAGAAGUCAGAAAGGAAGGCCAAAAGUUACAAUUCCCAUUUUCACACAUGAUGAUUCCAAUGAUCUUAGUGACUAUGGUAUCGGAAGUAGCACCUAUAAAACUGACAGCAAUAAAGAUGCCGAUACGGACGAUAGCAGUGGCAUUCUGGAUGAGAAAGAUAAUCAAAAGGUUAAUUUGGCAUCAGCAAAAGACACGUUUUCAUCCAAUGAAAGUCAAAAUGAAGACGAACUCCCAAAUAAACAUUUAGAUUUAUCAUCAUAUAAUAAUAAUCAUAAUAACAAUAAUAACUCGCCAAUACCUAAAACAAAACCAGUAAUCCUAAAGAAAUCACAUUCCAUCGACCUUGACAACAGAUUUAAUCAGAAUAAUUUCAAUAAAAAUAAUACAAAGCAAUACACUUACGAAGGCGCUAUUCAGGAUUACAGAUCAAGAAUUCAAACCAAAAUUAAUGUCGACGAGUCAAUUUUCACUAAAAAGGAAAUUAAUAAAUCUAAAGAAUCUUCAGAAGCCCAGACGGUUUUACCUAAAGGCGAAAUAUCUAAAAGAAAAGGAUUGUUCGAAUCAUCUAAGUCAGUUGAAAUAACUUCAAUGUCCAAAAAUGUUUUAGAGGACUUUGCUAAUGCUAGAAGUCUUAAAGAUCGACUUAAAAGUUUAGAAUCUGUUACGGAUCAAUCAUUAUCAAAAAUUGAUAAGAGUGAAAUUCAUGUCUCGGUCAAAGAACGAUUAGCAAACUUCAACAAGCAAGAUAAAGCGGAAAAAGUCACAGAGAAACCUGAAGCAGCUAAGAUUAGCACCUAUUUGUUGGAUAAAACUAACAACACGGUAUUUGAAAAUAAGUCUGAAUGGAACACAAGAGAAAGGUGUUCUAGUCCGGAAACAGAACUAUAUAUGAACAAGCUUAGCAUGUUUAACCGUGAUUUAAGUAGCCUGAUGGGCAAUAAAUCUUUAGACCAUAAUUUUGGAAACUAUUGUACCAGUAACUGCAACUACCCUCCUUCAACAUCGUCAGUCGAACUGGCAGGAGUCCUCUCAGAUAGGGAAGAUAGUGGCAUACAUACAGCAGAUGUAUCUUGCUCAGUCAGUCAAGCUGAUGAGCCUAUUGAUACUGAUAAUGAAGCCAUCUUGAAUACUAUUCCAAAUUGUAUUGAAAAGUUGAAGGAAGAAAACUUACACAGUCAAAUUAUUAGUGAAGAACCUUUGGUUGAAAACAGGGAUUCAGUUAUCAAACCAAAACAUGAAGUGGAGGAAGAAAAAACAGGCUUUACUAGAGAAGAAAUUGUGAUUUUUACAAAAGACUUUUUGGAAGCCCUGAUCAAAGAUGCAACUGAACAAAUUGCAGCAAUACAAGCUCUGAAGCUUGAGGAACAAAACAAGAAACAAAAAGAACUUGAAGAGAAAUGUUUGGUUGAAAUUGCCUCUGAAAGAACAAUAAAUCAAACAGAAAAUGAAUCUGUACAUGUACCAGUCGCCCUAAAACCAGUAAAUUAUGAAAAUAUCAAUUUUACACCUAUAUCCAAUUCAAAUAUACCAGUAGAUUUCAUAGCCGGUGACUUUACCUUAUCUCCACCUCCCAAAAUGGAACCACCAAAAACUCGGCCUCCUCCACCUCCUCCGUUGGAUGAAUCUAUUCCACCGCCUAGACCAGUUCGAAGAUUGAACUCUACGAAAAGGAUAAAAAAAGAAAUCCACAGUAAGAGAUCUAGUUUUUUGGGAUUGGAUGAUACUGACAUAGAUCUUCUAGAUCCAGACCAAAUUAUUGAGAAACCUCCAGAUAUUACUACAUUUUUGCAAAAAGAACAAAAAUUGGAGAAAUCAUUAUACCGAAAUAUACAAGAACAAUCAAGAAUUGGUUUACUUAGUAAAGUGGAAAGUCAAGAUUCAGGCUUGGAUAUCGAUAGGGGAAGGUUGUCAAGUGAUACUUGGUGCAGUAGUGUGCCAAGCCAUGAGAGACAAGACAGUGAGCAAACAAAUAGUAUAUUAUCUGAGGAAGAUGAAAUGACGAAAAAAGAACGUGAGAUUAUCGAAAUGGUUGAGAAAGAGGAGAAAUCCAAAGACAAAGUUGAAUACGUUACAAUUUGCAAAACCCAUCUAAAAUCUCCUCAAAACGAAGCUAACUUUGAACCAACGUUGGGAAGCGAAAAGUUUAAAAGUCCAUACUUUCCAGAGGAUCCACCUCAUUAUUUGGACGAUCGGGAUACUGAGGUAUUAAAAGUAGAACGUGAACUUCAACAAUUAGAACAAGAAGAACUUAAACGACAACGUGACAAUAUUAUUUUUCAAGAAAGCCGAAAUUCAGCCAGGCUAGCUGGCAACAGACAUUCACUUGAAAACAUUUGUGAUGACAUAUAUCCUAUUUAUGCUAACACAGACUAUAGGAAGUCUCUACCUGAUCUCCAGCAUUUGCCUUUAGACUACAGGAGGUCCAUUGGCGACGUUCCUUCUGGGUAUUAUAAAAAUACCGAUCAAAUUCGCUACGGACAAUCAACUCCGAACAUUCAGCACGCAUUUCAAACUUCCAUGCCUGAACAAAGAAACUUUUUUAGUAGUAACAAUCUGGUAGGAAUAAGCCAUAGAAAACCUAUACCAGAGCUGCAACAUGACGCUAGAAGAUCAGCCUUUAUAUCUCCGCUACCCAACGAUAGGAGACUGAUUAAGCCCAGUGUUAAGCCUAUAAGAUCAAUUUCCAAUCUUAAACCUAUGGUAUUCACUAAACCAAGCUUGAAAGCUUUAAGUGCUAUACCUAGAAAUAGACAUUCUGACAACUGGAUAACCCCAAAACCUUCCAUAGAAGCUAAUCAAAAAUGGGUGUAUCAGGAAGCCGAUUUACAAAGGUUAAAACAGCAAAAAGUAGAAUCUGGUCAUGAUUGGCAAGGGAAGCAAGACAAACCUCUGCCAGAUUCUGUCAUACAAACAAUUACUCAGAGGGUCCAAUACCGGAAUAGCCUUAAUGAAAGAAAUCAACAUGUAAGGAGAAAUGAACAAGAUUUGAAUAAAGACUACAGCCAUCAUCCCAUCUAUGUAAAUCACCCAAAAGCUGUGACCCAUGCAAUGUCUUCAGUGCCUUUUUCACCACCACUCAUUGAAGAAAACCUUCAAGAUAGAAUGUUGAGCGUCAGUGGAAAGAAAAAGUGCUCUUAUUGUAGCAGUGAAUUGGGUCGUGGAGCAGCAAUGAUUAUUGAAAGCUUAUGCUUAUUCUACCAUAUGGAAUGCUUCAAGUGCUGCGUUUGCCAUAUUCAGCUCGGAGAUGGUCGUAUCGGUACUGAUGUUAGAGUACGAAACCAGAAGCUUCACUGCCACAAUUGUUACUCUAGCGAUGAUGGUGUAAAGUUUAGUUGUGUCUGAAUUUUUUUCGAAACUUUUUUCUAAGUUUUCAAACCUUCUCUAUUUAUAUCGUAAUGUAUAUGACUAUAUUAUUAGGUUACUUUGUAUAUACAAAUGUUUUUUUGUAAAUAUAUAUUUAAAGAUGUUAUGUAUUUAUGUUCUGUAAAAAAAUGAUAUUAUAUUACAAAUUCACAUUGUAUAAGUUGGAUUUUGUCUCUAAUGUUAUUAUACAAUUAUUAUAGUGUACAGGGUUGUCCUAAAUAUGAACAUACGGCGUGUGGAUCUUAGUCAGUAUCCUGGUUGAGAAUGAUUUUUCAUGAACAAUCGUUAUUUGAACAGCAAUACCCGAUUUUUUUUCAGGAAGGUCAUGAUUUCUAUACCUAGGUUUAUUACUAAUUUUAUUCUUACGUGGGAUACCCUGUACAUAUUUAUGUUUGAAACUUUAUCAAAACAUUGGGAUAAUGUUAGAUUAUUGAAUUAGGAUAUAGAACUGAGUUUCAGAUGAUUAUUUAAAAAUUCAAUAGUCAUUUUUAAAUGUAAUCCUAUUUUUUUGAACAAACUUAACUUUUUUUGUUAUUCAAUAUAUUUAAUACUAAUAAAAAUUAGAGAGCCAA